GUGGCAGGUAAUCUAUGCAAAUCCACAACAGCCAUCAGCGUUUCUUUUAGAGAACAGCUGCCAUAAGAAAUCCCAAGAAUUGGUUAGAAUAUUCUAGAGAAAAUUUUUCGGUUCAAUCGAGAAUGUUUGAGAAUUUACGCGGUAUUUUUCGCAAACGACGUCGCUGCGAGACGGACACGCCCCCACCAUCAUCACCAUCGCCGUCCACUGAGGUCCCAGUGAUAAUACCCCGUUAUCCGGAUGAUAUUAAAGUCGCGCCGCCAGUGAUAAUAUCUCGAUAUCCGGAUGAUAUAGAAAUCGAGUCGCCAGAGUCCUAUGAGAUCUCCUGGUCGGAUGCUUCUUUUCACAGUCCACAAACAGAUAGACCAUAUAACGCCAGCGAGAGGUUCGUCAACAUACUGGACCAGUUGGAUGCACGUGUCGAGAAGUUGCGCAAGGAUGCCCUUAAUUUGCAGGAGAAGAAAGACUACCUCUUGAUGUCCAUGGAUCUAAUCAAGAGCAACGAAAUGAUGCAGAACAUGACCGAGGCUGAACGUGAGGAGAUUAUGUUGUACAUUCAACGUGUUAGCUCACGCUUGGGCACUGUGGAGCUAAAUGUGCGCACUGUGCGGGACAAUUCCCAGGAGGACUCCCUUAGUCACAUUAAUGCAUUGAUCGAUACCAUGAUAAAAAUGGGUGAUCCCGUGAUCGCACGCCAACGAUGCCAGUUGUACUUAAAUGCCUGCUGCAGCAGCUCAAUGGAUCCAUCCGGACAUAUGGACACCUUGCCCGAGGCCGAUGUUGGGCCUAUCGAUAAGAAAUUCGAGAGCGUUCUGCUCGGCUGUACUUUGGAUGAUCAGAAGAACAUCAAGAAGCGGCUGCAAGCCUUAAUGGGUUAUCUGAAUAAGCAAACUGUUAGCCAUUAAUUUAAUUGUUUUUGGUCCAUUAACUAUUCAUAGCAUUAUUAUUAUCAAACCAAACGAGUUACAUCACCAAGCCAGAGGAAACGAAUAAUAAACAAAACAUAUACACCGA